AUGAGGACGUUGGAGAGUAGGACGUUGGAGAGUAGGACGUUGGAGAGUGGGAGGUUAGUGAAGUGCGUAAGGAAGCAUUGCGUGGUAUUGUCUGCCUUGUUAUGUGCGGACAGCACAUUCCCUGAAAUGAGUGGAUGUACGGUGAAGGUGAUUGGUUUACGUAGGCCAGGUUGUCCUGAUGAUUAUGGUAGAGCGUUCGGGUUGACGCCGUCACAUGAUACUGUUGUUCCGUUUGAUUGGUUAGAAUGUUGUAACGGGUUACGAUUUUACCAAUUCUCGGAUGAGGUUGGAGCAGCAGCUUAUCAAGCAGUGAAGAAGUUGGUAGAUAGGGUAUGGGAAGGGCUAUGUUGGGAGAGUGAGGAGAUAUCGGAGCGAAGGAAAAAACGUACCUUAGCAUUAUUGAAGGCCGAGUUAUUUCACGGCUUUCAAUCAACCAUACCUGAUACGAGUGCUCAUGGUACAGAGUUAGAAGCUUACUUGGUUCAUGAUGUUGGUAUUGAGGAUGUAACUCGAUACAAGAUGAUCGCACCUUUAUGUUGGUUACAACAAGCACCACUAAUUACGACGGAAACCGUGUUGGCGGAGGCGAAGGUGUUGGCGGAGGCGAAGGUGUUGGCGGAGGAGGUUGCGGAGGAGGUGUUGGCGGAGUCUAACCGGUGGGGUGGUCUAUGGAACUUUCUGGGUUCGGCUUUUCUUGGAGCAGCGACUGCAUGGUAUUUCCAUUGGGCUAUAGCUCGCGUACUGCAGGCAGCCGAAGUUCCCCCCGGUCCUACGGGCCCUUUAGGAUUAAUGUUGGAUGGUUAUACCCAGCCCUUGACAGAGUCCGCUUUAACCACACUACAAACACCUUCUGCUAAGGUGCAAUUUGAAACAGUUGCUGGUAACCUGGCCAACUGGCGGGGUUCACUGUUAUGCAAUGGUGGAUCCGGUACUUUAAACUGUCUCGAUACUCGCGUGCGAGGUACCGUCUACCAUUUCGGAAAACCAUACGAAUACGACUAUGCCGCUGUCCAAGAAGCUUUAUACACCUUCAAGGAUGACCUAGAAUGCUCAAUCACAUGCUUAACUACGGCUGCUAUUGAUCGUCUUACAAUAGACAGACUUUACCUCUCCUUAUCACCACAACAAAGUAACAAGACAUUUGAAGUAAAAAAAAAACUUGUGGACACCAAAAUUAACAAUGUAGACUCACAACUUUGUAUCUUACAUGGUGAAAAUUUAGACUGCCACGACAACAGGGUGUGCGACUAUACCGAAGUUUCGUGUGUCUUUCAUGACUCAGAAGACCGGAUCAUUCAUGCCUCAGCUGCCGGCAUUAAUACUGGUCAGUUAGACCUGCUGAAACACAUACGUCUCUUAAGCUCCACCCGUUACCACCUAUCCUCAUGCCGUCACACAUGCACCUCUAGACAACCUAUACCCCCACCAAAGCCAAACCAGUAA